AUGAAUCGACAACGCGAGGCCGAAAAGGCCUUGCACGACCAAACAAACAUUCUCCCAUUCGCCCAGCUCAUGGUUGUUUUCACUGGCUUAGCUACCUCCCUACUUAUUAUGUGCAUGGAUCAGAAUGGUAUCAGCGUCACAUUACCCACAAUCGCACGGGAUUUGGGGCGCCCAGGACACUAUUUCCUGGGCGGGAACCUCCUCAUUGAUCGCGAAUACCAUGUUCACGGUCCUAUAUGGCCGGCUGUCGGAUAUUUUUGGACGCAAGGUUGUCUACAUAUCGGCGCUAGUGUUGCUGUGCAUAGCAGAUUUGUUGUGUGGCUUAUCGCAAAACCCAGCCAUGUUCUACACGUCGUCACCCUCGAGCAGCGAGGAAAGUACCAAGGCAUACUCGGCGCGUCACUUGGCGUGGGAAAUAUCAUGGGUCCUUUCAUUGCCGCAGCAUUUAUUGAGCGAUCAACAUGGCGUGGCUUUUUCUGGUUGAUCUCGCCUCUGGCAGCGAUUUCAGCUAUUGUGGGAUAUUUUCUGAUCCCGAAUAACGCCAAAAAGGGCGACUUUCGCCAGAAUUUAUAUCGAAUUGACUGGUUCGGUGUCCUGGCAUCAUCUAUCGGAAUUAUCUUUGUUUUGAUUCCCGUCUCGGGAGGAGGGUCCUACUUUCCGUGGGAUUCGCCGAUGGUGAUAGCAAUGCUUGUCAUCGGAGGCUGUGCAUUCGUCGCUUUUGCUUUCAUUGAAUGGAAGGUGGCAACAUUGCCAAUGCUGCCAGUUGUCUUUUUCAAAAGCAAAGUCAUCACUGCCCUGUUCUUACAGAGUUUCCUUCUCGGGGCAGUGUAUCAAGCGUACCUCUACUACCUACCGCUCUACUACCAGAAUGCCCGUGGCUGGUCUCCCAUCGUAUCCGCUGCUUUGACCUCGCCGAUGGUGGCCUGCCAGGCUAUUGCCUCUAUCUGCUCUGGCCAGUAUAUUUCCCGACUAAAGCGUUAUGGAGAAAUCAUAUGGAUGGGGUUUGGUCUCUGGACUUUAGGAGCUGGCCUCAUGCUUCGCUUCGACGACAAAACACACCCGGCUGUCAUCGCUGUCUGCGUUGGGAUCACUGGUAUCGGGAUUGGUUUCACCUUUCAACCCACACUCGUCGCUUUGCAGGCGCACUGUACCAAGUCGCAUCGCGCCAUAUCCAUCUCCAACCGCAAUUUCUUCCGAUGCAUGGGGGGAGCAUGCGGUCUCGCUAUCUCCGCCGCCAUUUUGCAGGCUACUCUGCGCUCACAACUUCCUGCCGAAUUUUCCUAUCUGACCGAGUCCACCUAUUCGCUCCCUUCGCGAUCCAGUCUCACUGAUACUCAAUGGGCACAAAUCCUGCUUGCUUAUAGCAAGGCCUCCCAUUCUGUCUUUAUUCUCCAGGUUCCUCUUAUCGGGGUGUGCUUCCUUGCAUGUGCGUUCAUUCGUGACCGUGGCCUCGAACGCGUCAAGUCACCCGAGGAGAUUGAAGAGGAGAAGCGAAAGGUCGAGGCCGAGCGAGAUGCAGAGGCUUCCCUUACAGAUCAGCAACCCAAAGGAAAUGAAGUCCACCAGGGCGAGGAGGUAAUGACAAGGCAGAACUCCAUGACUUCUGCAGCCGACUCUCAUACGCUGCAUCCAUCUCGUGCUGAGUCCCUCGCCGGGCGGGACGAGAAAAUUAACCCGGACCAAAAUUAA